AUGGAUCACCACGACGACUUCGAUAGCGUGUCAUGGAGACAUGACGCUGAGAGUGACGUCUCUGGCUCCCGUCCUACUACCUCGGGGACCGAUGCACCCGAGUCACCGGGAAUUCAUCACGAUGUCAAUGGCAAGCGCAGGAUGAGUUCGGCAGCCCACGAAACCCCUCAGAUCGGAUCGCUGGCCGAUGCCGCCGAUCUAGCGGGCAUCGGGGAUGGAGUGCUGGAAUGUCAGGUGGAUUCACCGUUGAAGGAGAAUGACGGUACCAAGGAUGCGUACAUAUCAUAUCUGGUCACUACACAUACCGAUUUCAAAUCCUUUCAGAAGCCGGAAUUCACCGUAAGGAGACGAUUUACCGAUUUCUACUUUCUAUACAAGACGCUGUAUCGAGAGUAUCCCGCCUGUGCGGUUCCGCCGCUGCCAGACAAGCAUAAAAUGGAAUACGUGCGGGGGGAUCGAUUUGGCCCCGAGUUCACCACACGCCGAGCUUGGUCCUUACAUCGGUUUCUUAAGCGGUUGGCAUUGCACCCCGUUCUUCGUCGAGCGCCCUUGCUGGCCGUCUUUCUCGAGUCCCCCGAUUGGAAUGCGCAUAUGCGACUGCAGUCCUCUCGCAACUCGACGGGUACGUCAGACGGUAGCGGGGUCCCGGGAAUCUUCGACAAUUUCACAGACACCUUUGUGAACGCAUUCACGAAAGUCCACAAGCCUGACCGCCGGUUCAUUGAGGUUCGAGAGAAGGCGGACAAACUCGACGAAGACCUCAACCACGUGGAGAAGAUCGUGGCCCGGGUAGCCCGUCGUGAGGGCGAUUUGGAGACAGACUAUAAUGAGCUUGCGAUGCAGUUCCGCAAGCUCGUUCCCUUGGAGCCGGACGUCGAGGUGCCGUUGCAAGUCUUCGCGGCAUCGGUGGAGGAGACCGGGCGAGGCCUCAAAAAUCUCAAAGACCACACCGACCAGAACUAUUUAGGGUCGCUCCGUGACAUGGAGGCGUACAUUUUAUCACUCAAGUCUCUUCUCAAGACCCGCGAGCAGAAGCAGCUCGACUUUGAGGCGUUGGUGGAAUACCGCACCAAAGCGGUGGCCGAGCGGGACUCGCUUGCCACCAACCCGUCGUCGUACUACGCCUCCAAUCCCCUCACCUCGUCCCCGGCCUCAUUCAUCCGGUCCAAGAUGGAGGAUAUGCGCGGAGUCGAUCAUGAGCAGUCCCGCCGGGAGCGGGUUCGCAAACUAGAGCUUCGCAUCGACGAGCUCACGCGCGAAGUCGAGUCGGCCAAAACCACGUCGGAAAUGUUCGACGAAGAGGUUGUCCGCGAAGUGGCGGACUUUGAACGAAUAAAGGCGGUGGAGUUCCGGGACACGCUGGGCGCUCUAGCGGAGAAGCAGAUUGAGUUCUAUCAAGGGGUGCUAAACACGUGGGAGCGAUUCGUGGCGGAAAUGGAUGGUGAUUUGGAGGACGCCCCUGGGGGAAUUUACUUGCAGGAUACCACCGUGGCGAGGUAG